AUGGGUGAUACUCCAGUGACCCGGCAUCCCUUUGUAAAAUGGGGUCAAAACGAGACCCAUGUGUUCUUAUCCGUUCAACUUGGAGAUGCAGAAGAUGUGGCGGUGGAUAUCACUGAUGAGUCGCUGACAUUCGCAGCCGUCGGCAAUGGUGCACACGGGCGCGAGCAGUACCGUUUUCGGCUAGAUUAUUAUCUGCCCAUAGUUGCCAAACAAAGUCGAUACACGGUUACCGGACGAGCUAUCCUGAUCAGACUACGCAAGGAAUUGAAGGAUGCCUGGCCCAGGUUAACAAUUCAGUCUGAAAAACUUCCAUGGGCACACCUGGACUUUGAUUUGUACCAGUUCGAUGCAUCGGACGAAGAACCCCCUGGUGAUGAGACGGAGGGCAACGUCAAGGUCAAAGUUAUUCGCCCAACAAAGGAGGAAAGGGCAAGUUGA